GUGGAGGACCCGGAGCUCUUUUGUUUGGGGGUUUGGUGUUUUCACCCCCCCCACCUCACCUCACCCCACCCCACCCCACCCCCCGCGCCUCUCCGGUUUCCUGAGCUGCGGGCUGCAAGGGAGGAGAAGCGGCGUCUUGCAACCCCCUCGGCUGGGCCCCGGGGUAAUUCGAUGCGGGCCUGGCGAGGCUCCCCACGCUAGACCGGGGCUCGCGUCUCGGCAGCCUCCACCCACCGGCCCACCCUACAUUUAGCGCAUCAUGUGAUCCGGGAUCAAUGUGACUCUAGAGACAAAUGGAUGAAUGAAUAUCCAUAUGAAGAGGAAAACAAUAAAGAAUAUCAACACCUUUGAGAACAGAAUGUUAAUGCUUGAUGGGAUGCCGUCAGUCAGAGUCAAAACCGAGCUUUUGGAAUCUGAACAAGGGUCUCCAAACGUCCACAACUACCCCGAUAUGGAAGCUGUUCCCCUGUUGCUAAAUAAUGUGAAAGGGGAGCCCGCGGAGGACUCGUUAUCUGUAGAUCACUUCCAAACACAAACUGAGCCAGUGGACUUGUCAAUCAACAAAGCCAGGACAUCCCCCACCGCCGUGUCAUCCUCCCCGGUUUCCAUGACCGCGUCCGCCUCCUCACCUUCUUCAACUUCAACCUCUUCAUCGUCGUCUAGUCGUCCAGCCUCCUCCCCGACCGUUAUCACAUCAGUAUCUUCGGCAUCAUCUUCGUCCACAGUAUUAACUCCAGGGCCCCUUGUAGCCUCCGCGUCUGGGGUGGGAGGCCAGCAGUUUUUGCACAUCAUCCAUCCCGUCCCGCCUUCGAGUCCCAUGAAUUUACAGUCUAACAAACUGAGUCACGUUCACCGCAUCCCCGUGGUGGUACAGUCGGUGCCUGUUGUCUACACAGCUGUGCGGUCACCUGGAAAUGUGAACAACACUAUCGUAGUGCCGCUUUUGGAGGAUGGGAGAAGCCAUGGCAAAGCACAAAUGGACCCCCGAGGCCUAUCUCCCAGACAGAGUAAAAGUGACAGUGACGAUGAUGACCUGCCAAAUGUGACCUUAGAUAGCGUUAAUGAGACUGGAUCUACGGCCCUUUCCAUAGCCAGAGCAGUACAAGAGGUACAUCCGUCCCCAGUAUCAAGGGUCCGGGGAAAUCGAAUGAAUAAUCAGAAGUUUGCUUGUUCAAUCUCACCGUUUAGUAUUGAGAGCACAAGACGCCAGAGACGGUCUGAAUCCCCAGACUCCAGAAAACGGCGUAUCCACAGAUGUGAUUUUGAGGGAUGCAACAAAGUAUACACAAAAAGUUCUCACCUGAAGGCUCACCGAAGGACACAUACAGGAGAGAAACCCUACAAGUGUACCUGGGAAGGCUGCACCUGGAAGUUCGCUCGCUCCGACGAGCUGACAAGGCAUUACCGCAAACACACGGGCGUGAAGCCGUUCAAGUGCGCGGACUGUGAUCGCAGCUUCUCCCGGUCAGACCACCUGGCCCUGCACCGCCGGAGGCACAUGCUGGUGUGAGGAGUGCUUCCCGUCCAGCUGAGCGUAAGAGCUGGGUCUCUUAGCGGCACCCCAUUCAGCAGGGCUGAAUCCCCUCCACAGUGUUAACGCAAAAGGGCGUCACCAUCCCACGAUGUCUGAAACCAGAGCAGGAACAAGAAGGAACCCUUCUCCUUUCGGUCUGAAGGUAACCCCCAUCGCGACUGCACGAGAAACGUCUUCACGCUGGCCUGGGAGAUCCGUGACACAAACGCUGGAGAGACAGGCACUGCUUCCCCGUGCCGUGUACUCUGCCGUUCCAAGAUGUUUGUAGCUUGUACGUUUUCUGAGCUGUCAGACGUUUUGUUAUCGAUCCCUUAAAGGUCACCUAUCACCAGCCGAUGGCUAGAGCAGGACCUUUCAGAUUGGGAUUCUUCUCCCGCACCCCCCCCCACCCUGCCCCCUUCUUUGUACCGAAAUUUUAGUUCCUGUCUCAGUAAGCUAGAACACACACCCAGUCUGUUUCCAGCGAGCAGCAUGGAAGUAGAGAAGAAGCAGCCUGUUGGAGAGUUCCAUGACCUGAAAAGAAAGGGGCCCUCAGGUGGCCCUUGGCCGUCCCGCUGCCCGCCACUUGUCAUUAGGCCGUGCCCUGAAGAGAAACCGACAUUGAAUCUUUCAUUUGUUUGUCGUUGAUUGUUUCUGUUUUGUUUCGAUUGCGUUCUGUUCAUCUGUCGGAGCAGAGGGGCAGCGACAUUUCAGGUGGAGCCUAGUGCCAGCGUCUGCCCUGGCGUGGACCGGCACCGAGGUGUUCUGUAGUUGAAUAGGAAGAGCCUGUCUUAAAAAAACAAAAAACAAACAAACAAAAAAAACUACUGCCCCACUUCAAAUCGCAGUGUCCUGUCACCUAGGCAUCAUCUCGUCCUGCCCCUAGUAUUUGAUUACAAGGAAUCAGGGGGAAGGAAAAAAAAAAACUUUCUUAGACACACCGGCACCAAGGUAAGAGGUGGGGCUGCUCGGGCAAAGUCAGUGAACAUGAAAAAUAAGACAAAGCAGAGAUGGGAUAAAGCGCCUCUUGAGGAGAAAAGCAAUAAUGAAUAAAAGGACUUUCCUACAAUAACUUCACUGAGGACUCACGUUACCACAAUUUUCAUACUUACUAAAGGGAUUGUAAAAAACACCCCAGUGGUUUAGCGGUCUUGGUUUCAGGGACAGCCCUGAGGUAAUCUUUCUGCUGAUUUUGUUGUCCUGCUUGGUGGAAUACCACAAUUAAAGAUUAUGCUCCCCUUUUCUUGUUUGAAAACAGUUAUUUGGUGAACAGAAAGGCCAAGGAGGCAUAGCAGGGAAUUAACCCUUGGGUUAAGGGGUCAGUCCUCCUUGGAACCGAGUCAGUGGAAAGGGAGUACUCCCCGAGGAAAGCCUAACAUGGUGCUAGUUUCCUCACUUGGAGAGCCAAGGCUAAGUGACUCUCCAUUAGGUUCUUCUAUACAGAUUUCAUUUUCUAAACUGUAUCAGACCCCAGGGGUUCUGCGUUGACACAGACAGGGAUGUUGAACCCACUCAUUCCGUGCUGAGCGUGAGGGGAAAUGACAGUCCCGUCAACCCCCCAAAAUUAUGAGCCUUUCUUGCGACUAGUGCAGUAGACAGUAAACAAAGCAAUACAUCACCAACAAGCAUUCUUUCAGAAAAAUUAUCAUAUUUUUUUUUCCCCCACUAAAAGCUGUUCUUCUUUCAGCUGUAUGUGGCUAAGGGGCUUGGUGACCUUUUCUGUUAUUGUUGUUGUCGUUGUUAAGAUUUUUUAUAGCUUAGAUAUAAAAGUUUGCCAGCAUAGACCUUUGCAAUGUAUUUUAAUUACAAACACUUGAUUUGGGGAAUUGCACAAAUUAACCUCACAAUAUUCCUAGCUCGUUUUUAAAUGUUUGAACAUUCUGAAAUAAUUUCCUGUGGCAGAACUAUCCUUUUUAGGAUCAUCCCCUAAUUCAGAGAAUCUUAUUCUGACGAAGCAAGGAACGAUAAAUCAUUGAAACAAGGACAAUUCAUGUUGGAUGGUAUUUAAAGGAAUUGUUUUAAAUGUUCAAGCAACAGCAUAAUGAUGUUCAGGUCAAAUUCUAUCUUCAAAACUAUGUGCUCUGCAUUUUUUGCCAGGUCUGAAAAACUCAUCAGGCAAUUUCCCUCGAACAAGGGCUUCGAGUCUAUUGAUAAAUAACUUUUUUUGCUACAUAAUCUAUUACCCACCAAGCACUGUUUUUGUGUGUGUGGUUUUUUUGUUUUGUUUUGUUUUUGGUUUUUUGGCUUUUUGUUUUGGGGGGUUUUUUGUUUUGUUUUGUUUGGUUUGGUUUUUUUGUUUUUUUACCAACUGGAAAGUUUUUUUAUCUGUACUGUAUACAAUUCCUACUUCUUAUUGCCUGUGACCCUUGGCAAAGUACACGGAGAGUGGCCAACACAGCCAAGCCACCCUCCCUUUUCCUGGUCCUGGAACCUGGCUGGCAGUCAGUAGGUGAAUUGCCCAGCAGCGGUGUAGACUUGACUCCAUUCUGCCUGCUCUCAGAGGACGGGCCGAUCUCUUCUGUGCAAAGAGAUGUCUUGAGAGUGUCACAGGUAGAAAUGGUUUUUAGAAUUCAUAGAACUGACAGGCAGUGGGAGUUUCCUGAGUGACGGCUUGAUUUAAAUUUAGCACAGAACUAAAUGGGCUGCUCCUCUCUGAUCACAUAGGAAGGGUUCAGGGAAGUGAGCUUUUUCUCCUCACCCUCUGAGAGUGGAAAUCAGACUGAGAUGGUAAGUUAACCGCUAAAACUGUCGGCGUUCUGCCAUCUCCCAACCCCCCUCCACCCCCUUGACAUGCUCGAUACUUCUAAAGAGGGAUCCAAGCACAAACAGUGAGUGAGUGAGUAGCUGAUCUCACCCCAGGACUGAAACUUCCCCAGGGCUCGUCCUGGAACAUAACAAAUUCUCCCUGGUGAGUUUUCUACUAAUGUUCCCCCUCGGAAAGGAAAGCGGUUGGGGAGAGAAGGAAUUGGGUUUUCAGGUAGGAGUAUCUUCAGGCGUGGAGAAGCCUCCUCAUUUCAUCUGUGUCCAUUCUAGCCUCUUUUAGAAAAGCACAGUAGUAGAUGAUGAACACCAGAAAAGGCACAGAAUCCACAGGACUUGUCCAUCCCCUAACUAGAAGCAUUCUUUGGUUUUAACUCUGGAGCUGUUCAGUUCGCAGCUGGACAUGUGCGCGUGUUGAGAACUUCUCCGCAGACGGCCGUGGUGGCUUGAGAAGCUGCAGCAGGCCUGGAGGUCUCUGUGCGUUGUAGAGAUGGAGUUCAAGGCAGUUAACGUUCUUUGAAAAGUUACAGGUUACCCUGAGGUUCUAACAGAUUCCCUCCCCGUAUUCUGACCUUAGGUUGUUAGGAAGCAGCCUCACGCUUCCCCAUCGGCCUCCGGCCUCAUCCGGUCAGUUAUGUGUGGACUCCGGGAAGCCUGCUUGAUGGCUUGUCUUAAGUUCUAUUAAGACGUUUAGACUAAACUUCCUAAUGGCUUUCCCAUAAGGAGUAUCCUACUGCCUGCCGUCCCUUUGACAAAACACUAUAGGACAUUUAUUUUCAAAAGCAGUGGAGCAACAGUAAUACAAACUGCAUUUUUAAAAAGAGCACUUUUUAUUCACUUGAGAGUUUAAGUGGAAAAUAGGAAGAGGAUCGUGAGGGGGAAAGAACUUAUAAGAUGCUACAGUGUUUACAAAUGCCAAUUCUAGGUGAUUAGAAAGGCCAUUCUCCUUGUGGUUGAAAUUUGGAAUAGCUUAUACAAAGAUUGUGUUUCCUUUUAUACACCUUUUUUUUAAAAAACUUCAAAUUUUGCCAGUUGUGUUUUAAACAUAAAUAUAAUUCUGCACUUUGAAAUCAGUUCAUUCGAACGGUGACAUGUAUAUGGAUAAAGAUGCAGUAUUCCUUAUUCAUUACUUUAUUUAUUAUACUUACCAAAGCUGCCAUUGAAUAAAUCCGGUGAGGUGAGGCCUUCAGAUAUACUAACUAAUCGCCUUUGUCCUGUUGUUAUGACUGCUUAGAAAUGUGGCCACGAUGUUGUUAUAAAGGUGUCCUCACACAACGAGGACAGACAGAGUUUCAGCAGUGUUCAGAAUGCCAACACCCACGACAUGUUGAGUUUUCACAUGAGGGACUGAGCGGGAGAGAAUUCCCAUGGAUCACAUUAGGCCCGGGAAGCCUUAAUACUCAUAGUCCAUAGCCCAGCCUUCGCUUCUGCUCCGCACUCACGCCUGUACAUGGAGGAGGUAAAUGUAUUCUCUAACUUCAUUGCCCAGAUCUCUUUCUUCAGUUUUUCUGAGGUAGGGCAUCUCAUUAAAACUAGUCUUUCCAUUUGAUUUGGUCUCAUCUAGGAAAGGGGUUUGGUAAGUCGCGUCUUCCAUAUGCAUUUCUGCUUGUCCCCACACUGCGUUCCACUUACCCAUACAGGCACCCCCAACACACACGGCAGCCAGUGGGCCAGCAAAUAUCAACAAAGAACUUUUUUUAAAAGAAUGAAUUUGUAAUAAUCCAUGCUGUCUAGAGAUGUAAGUUAUUUACCUUAUUAGGGAAUCAGCUUAUGAUGCUAUAUAUGACUUUGCCUGCAUUUUAUAGUUAAGAGGUGUACAUAAAAAUUUAAAAAUGCUAUAUUUUCACAGCUUCAUUAUAGAGUAAUGUCUGUUUAGCAACCCAUGUCCAUUGGUACUUUAUGCUGAAUACUGUGCAGUUGCAAUAGAAAUUCAGAUUUUCGUAAGAAAAUGAAAUAGGAGGAUACUGCAUCUUUAAAAAAAAUAGAGUGAAAAUAUUUUGCUGUAUUCGUAAACAUAUGUGAUAGUGGAAAAGUAUUUUCAAACUCGCAAAUUUUACAGAGGUUGUAAAUAGUUUGAUGAAGUAUGUUGGGAAAAAAAAAAGAGCUUCUAGUUUUCAUCACAAUAAAAAAAAAAAAGAAACUUGUUCAGAUAUGCCUUGUAUAUCUUACAAUUAGCAAUAUUGCCAUGGGAACUCUGUUCUCCUUUGGCAGGGCACAUUCCUUGUGCUCUGACAGAAUGGAGUGGCCACUCGUCUCCAUUGAGCCAGGAUGGUUUAAAACCCAAUGAAGUCAUUUUAAGUUGCAAACAACUGAUUCCAAAUUCAAAAUGUCUUUGCCUGGAAAGGGGGAAAUAGCUGCAUCGGAUUUUACUUGUGCUAAGGAGAAGCUUCUAGCAAUUGUUCUCUUUUCUCCAUUAUCUUCCUCCUCAAUGAACUAGUUCUUCACGGACGGAGCCACCCAGGCUCCUCUUUUCAACUAGUUCUUGACGAGAACGGAAAACGACAAAGCAACGGUGAGGUGUUUAUUCUUGUUUAAUUGCAGAGGGAAUGAAGAGUUUGAAGCGUAGCUACAUGUUGACAAGAUGAAGAGCUAUGGUUAUGGCCACAUGUUAACUGAAUCUACACUGGCAAUAGGAAUAAGCUAAUGCCCAUUUUCAGAAAUGAAUUAAAAGCUGAAAGUGCCUGUCAAUAGACAUUAUGACCAAUGAGAUAUUCCUAUACUUUUACACAGCAAUAAUUCUUCAUUACACUGGGUUUUUCCUCCACACUUGGGAAACACACACACACACACACACACCCCGACUAAAUAUAUGCACGUAGUAAACUGAAUAUGUUUGCAUAAUCACAAAAAUUCUUUUGUGAUUUUUAAAUAUUCCUAAUCUUGGUUUUGUUCGUAUUUCUUAAUUUAAUCCUACUUACAGAACGUAAGAAUGCAAAUCUGAAUGUUAAGGUUCUCCUCAACAUACAUUCUGGCAUAUGGCAAUUAUAACUGUCAGAUAAAAACUUCACGGAUUUGCCCCAAACGUGCAAAGCACUGUGCGUGGCUCAAAAAAGUGUUGCUCAGUUAACAAAAGCCCGAUUUAUUUAGAGCAAAACACUAGAGAGAUUUGUUUGUUCUACUUUGUUUUGUCCACUAAUAUCAAAGGCACAGAUUCAUCUUUACAUUUCUUCAUUUCCUUUUUCCCUAAUAUUUGCUGUUAUCAUACAAGAACCAUUUUGGAAUGAAUAUCCACACCAUCAUUUCUCCCCUAAAAAGUCUACUGAAGACUGCUGACACUCGGUCAGCCUAGCUUUAACCAAGAUUUGGAGUUGGUCCGGGAAAUUACCAGAGUUCCAUUCAGAACUUCCCGACUUUUUCCUAUGAUUAUUUUACUUCUAGACGUGGAGUCAUGAAUAGAAAUAUACAAUGCAAUUAUACGAAUAGACAAGAACCCUGGAAAUUGUCCAGCCUUACCAUCUCAGAGCACAGAUCCACCCAAACAAGCUAUUGAGGGCUACCAGUCAAAUUACAUUCUUUCAGAGCCAAACAUUCGACAAAAGCAAUUUUUAAAAGUCUAACUGUGAUUAAACACUCAGGUUUUAGACAGUGAAGACCACCCUGAUAGGUAGUGAUCUACCUACGUACCUCUCUAGAACCAGACCACAGGUCUAGGAAAUCAUCAACCGUUUCCUCCUCUAAGUUUCAGAAAGAAGGAAAUGUGUCAGGAUAGGGUGUCAAAGAACGAAUGAAAUGUCAAAGGAAAGGGGCUGGGUUCUUUAAUCUCCCCAAAGGCAAGUCUUCUGAUUGGGCUGUUUUCUGCAAGGUGUCUAGAAGUACCAAGUGAGAAGGUCCAAAUUUCAGCAAACCAUGCAAACAAUAGCUCUUCUUUCUUAAAGCCUUACUCUACACCAAGCCUUCACCUAGACCACUUUUGGACACACUAACCCCUAGACAGGUCUGUAUUUCAUGGUUGGGAAAUGGAAGCACAGAGAGAGUUGGCUGAGUCGCCGACAAACACAGAAACCCUGAACAGCAGAGUGGGAAGGUGAAGCCACGUACCUCUGGCUCUGCAGCUGGGGUUCUUCCCCCUGCACCACACUGCGCAUGCCUUCCCAGCAGCCAUGUUGUCCUGUUUUUCACUGAAAUUGUUUUAUGGCCAGGUAGUCCUAUUUUCCAAGUACAAGGCAGCACAUGAUAGGACAGUGGUAGGUAAGAUUUGAAAUCAGUCCUUUCCUGGAAAGUCAUGCAUGAAGGAUCAUUGUAAACAAACAGCAAUGACCAGUCUCCCUGAACCUGUCACUUUCCUCCCAAAUGUUUGGCCUAGAGAUCCCAAAUCAUGAACACUCUCCCCUCGUGGGUGGCAUGUUGCCAUAGUGGGUCUUCUCCAUUCCCCAUAUUUCUCUGUAGGCAUAGUAAAAAUCUUUCCACCUGCAGACCUUCUAGAAUCUGCUCAAAUUGCAUUUGAAGUCUUCACCUCCUUCAAACGCAUAAUUACUGACAGAGCCCACUCUUUGUGGCUGUUUUUGGGGUGGCAAUCACAACCAUUUAGAUGCUGAGCAAUGAGAGAGAACGGAGAAUGCCUUUUCCGAUUUCUCACCUGACGGAACCACCUCAGAAUGUUUUAAAUAGUCUUAUGGAUAAUUUGAUUAUAGUAUUGUUGUUAGUUUAAUUGAAUUUUGUGUAAGAAGCUGUCCAACAUCAGAGGAGUCAACCCCCACCCCUUUUCGGUGUUACAAGCUCCCUGACACUAUUGAUUCAUGGAAAUACUAAUGGGCUUAGAAAACAUCAAGAGAAUGUCAUUUCUCAUGGUGUUUCUUUCUUCUGAAAAUGAAUCUCCUGAAUUAUGAUCUUUCUCCCUGCUCCUUGGCGAGGGAAGAGAUAAAACCUGUAUAAACAAAUUCCCUUCUAUGCUGAGAGCAAGUGUUCUGUGUGCACGAGCCCCGCAGGAAGGGGCUCUUUUCCCCAUUAAUUGGGUUUCACAAGCAACAGUUUCUCAACAACCAAACCACAACUUGAAGUGAGUUGAAAGAGAUGGAUAGUGGCAAUAGUCACAUCAGGACUUUGUUUUUCUUUCUGGGUUUCAUCUCUAGAAAUUGUAAAUGUUUGAGACCACAGAGUCUGCCCUUUGUGCAAAGCAAGAACCAGGGACUGGGUGAACACAAUCUUCCUUUUUCCAAAGUGGGCCCACCAAGACUUUGACAGAGAUUCAUUUUUGGGGAGAAAUGAGGGUGAAGAGGAGGAUAGGAUUUGGGUCAAAUUCUAGUCAAAAUGCUCAAGUAUUCAAAAAGUAAGACAUUUUAGGGACACACUAACAUCUUCCCUUUGCUAAUUUCAGGCUCCAAAGAUAGGCAUAAAACAUUACAAAGAAAUGCUUUUGCCCUACUUGUGUUUCUACUUUUCCCAUUGCAGGAUUUUGUAAUUACAUUAGACAGCAAUAUAUAUUUUGUUCCUCAAACUUCAUUACUUUGGAUGGGUAUUGUUGAACUGGGGCACUGGUGCCUAUAUUCAAGGCUCUUUCCUAUCAACUUGUCUGUCCGCAAUUUGUUGUGUUUAAAAAUCCAUUUUUUAAAAAAUCACCAUCUCCCCCCCUCACACACCCCCGCCCAUGGAAUGGUGGCUGUAUUGUUUUGUCCAUGUCUAUGUGGGACACAUUGCAUCAUUGGCAAACCAACUCUCUGUGGAUGCGAGAUCACUACUUCCAAAACCAGCUUGAAAACAUCGUCUUAUGUAUUAUGUCAUCCUACAUCAUAAUGCAAUUAUGUGUAUCAUAACAUGCUCAUUUAAAAAAAAAAAAAGAAAGAAAGAAACCAGCAGAUUCGUGUUUGUCCAUUGAAGAAUGUACUCAGAACUUUCUGUGUUGUGAAACAAUGAGAACAGACCACCUUCAAGAUACCCACCUGCCACUUAAAAUGACUUAGUUAUAAUUAGUAGUAGUCUAGACGCUGCUCUUGGCAUGGGGGGGUCAGUUCAGACGUCACGUUCUUCUGAAUAAAUCUCUCACUCAUAUUUGAAAAAAAAAUAGAUGGGAAUAAAGAAAAAUAGCAUCUUUGGCCAAAUCAAGCAGGUAUCUUUUUUUCCUUUUCCUUGACACUUUGCUCAUUAUACAUGAUGACUGGAUCACAAGAUCCAUCUGUGGAAAGAUACAAAAACGUCCUUUACUUUAAAAAACAGUUAUUCUAGGCUCAAAAGCCUCUGAACAGCAAAUUGAAUAGAUGUGCUGCGUCUCACUCACUUAACAGAUGUAAUUUCACGAAGGACUCUUGGGUCUCUGACCCCAGAGAGUUAGAAUGCCCACAGGAGGUCCUACACACUAAAGGACACCACCACUCCCCCCUCAGUGAUGCUGGCAAGCAAAGGUGUUCAUUUCUUAGAUCUUCAUUUGGUUUUCUGUUCAGAGUUUUAAUUGCAAAUGAAUUUAUUUCUCCAGCUUAUCUAAAGAUCUAAUUUCCCAAUAGUUUCCUCUGCAUUUAUAUACUCUGUAGUGUUUAGGCAACCCCUGUUAUAAGUUUAUUAAUAUUAUGUAAGUGUUGUUCUUGUAUUUAUGUAUAGUGUAUGUAUUGUAAAUAUACUCAGAGCUUUUUUCCUUUUACUGUAAAAUGGUGAUUUUCUUUUUUUUUCUUUUUUCUUUCUUUUUUCUUUUUUUCUUUUUUUUUUUUUUUUUUUUGCCCUAUGAUGAUGUAAAGGGAGACCCUCCUAAUGAGAUUCUCUCAGAGGAUGAUUAUUCCAGUCUAUUCUCAGAGAUUUAAAUGAACAAGUGUUAUCGUUUUUAAUGGUGUCUCAGACAUAUUCUGUUGGUGCAUUGCUUUUCUGUAUUCAACUUUCCUAUGAAUUGAGCUGUGAACCGAAAUAGAGUUUAAACCUUAACUGUAUGCAUUUGUAUAAUUAUCUGAAUGAAGGCAUGAAGGUUAAAUAAAGCAUUUUGUAUGGAA